UGGAGGAUUAAUGCGAGGAAUGAUGGAGAAGGUUCUACAAAAGAAAGAUAAAGGUGAAUGGAUUAAAAAGGAAGUUAGAGAUGAGCUUGAAAAGCUUUGGGCGCAACCAGCUUAUAUGGCAAAAAGGGAUAAGGCAAAGAAAAAUCGAGCGUUUGAAAUUGGAGGGCGCAAUAAUAUUGGUGGCUCUAUUCCCCAUCGUAACUAUAUUAAGAAAUUGCGAGUAGAAUAUGGUCGAGAUCCUACAAAGGCUGAGGUCUUUCGUUGUACCCAUCUGAAAAGGUCUACUCAAGAAUUCGUUGACCACCGAGCAUCCACCACAUACGAUGAUUACAUAAAGCUGAAGGAAGCCCAGUCCAGUCAAGCAUCGACCACUGGAGAGUCACCUAUUGAGCUGCUUGAUGAUGACUCCUUGUUCUUUAAGGCGACUAAGGGUAUUAAUAAGAAAGGUCGUGCCUACGGUUAUGGAGACGAUGUGCGUCGUCUGUGCUUUUCAUCUUCCCAGAGCACAUCAUUUGGAACGGAUCCUAAGAAUUCACAGCAAGAGAUAGAGGAGCGUGUGGCUCGGAUGAACUCCGAGUUACAUGAUCAGUUGACAGAGGAGAUCACUACCUUGCGACAGCAGUUGCAAGAACAAGCGCGAGGGAGUCUGAGCGAGACCAGAUGA